CUGGCGUUGUCGUGUUCAUCUUCGAUCUCCAUCUCCCUUCACCCUCUCUCUGUUCGAGGAGAACUGCCUGCUCCUGCUCCCUCCGCUUCUCCGUGCUCCAACUCGCCAUCCCCAUACUUCUUUUCAGGCGGGGAUGGACGAUUAUGCCCGGGAGAUGAUGGAGCUCAAGACGCUUGUCACCCGCACCCUCGAGAAGAAGGGUGUCCUCGCCAAGAUUAGGGCUGAGCUAAGAGCAAGUGUGUUUGAAGCCAUUGAAGAGGAGGAUCGGGUGGUGGAGAACGAUGAUGGCGUGAAUCCUGCUUUGCUUGGUAGCUGUAAUGACCGAGCUAAGCAACUGCAUGCUUCACCUUCAGGAAGGUUACUAACUGCACUUGUAUGCGAAUACUUAGAGUGGGCGCAACUAAGUCACACAAUGAAAGUUUACUUGCCAGAGUGUAACCUACCCAAGGACUUUUGGAAGAAUGAAUUGAAAGAUUUUUCUAACAAAAGUGGAGCUGAAGGGAGCAGGAGCGCUGAAAGUGGUCCAAUGCUUUUAGAUGUUCUCGAAGGUUAUCUGAAAUAUGAGAAUUUGUCUCAAACAAGGAUGGGUGGCAGGAGGAUGAUGAGUUCAGAAUCUGAUACAUCACUAAAUGCUGACCAUCGGAGCAUGAGGAGGCCACCAUCAGCGUCAGUUGGGAGCCUUCCUCCUAUGGGGAGGCCAAUCUCUUCGUCACAGGCAUCAGAUCGCAGAGGGGGACCUUCAGCUUCCAACACAAGGAAAGAUGAGUACAACUGGAGAUACGAUGCCGAUGAUAUAUCUGAAGAGGUGCUGCGGGCAUCGGCUGCUCUAGAAAAUGUCCAGUUAGACCGGAAAUCUCGGAAUCUGCCGACAUCGUGGAGGCAUUCAGGGGACGGCACCGAGUAACAAGCAACAAGGCUUUGGAGCUGGUUGCUUGACUGACCCUGUAUCGUGUAAUUUGUAUACCACUCAUUUGCGGUGGUACAAUGCUUGGAUUGCUGUUAUAUUAUUAGGGAGAUGCCACACUGGUAUGUAUGGUUGUCUUGUAACGAACAAAACAAAUCAAAUAUUACAUUUUGUUGAACUAUGGGUGGACUUGAUCCGAUAGGAUUGGCACGCCGUUUCAGUACAUGUA